CCUUUCCCCUCAUGCGCUCCCGGCCAUGACGAUCCUCCCGAAGAAGAAGCCGGUGCCGGCGCCCGACGGCGACGCGGACCCGUGCCAGGACGCGGGCGCCGAGCGCGGCGCGGACGCGGGUCCCGAGCGCGGCCCCGGCGGCGUCGGCGAGCCCGGCGGGCCCGGUGGGGGACCCCGGCCCAGGGCCUCGCCGCCGCCGCCGCUGCGGGGCUGGGCCGGCCUGCCCGGAGCCGCCGGCUCUCCCCCGCCCGCGGGGCCCGGCGGGCCCGGCAGCGGCGGGCCCGGAGCGGCGGACGGACCCGCGGCGCUGCUGGGGCUGGAGGCGGCGGCGCUGGGGCUGCCCGAGCCCCGCGGGCCCGGCUGCGGCGGCGGAGGCGGCGGCGGCCCCGGGCACAGCAAGAGGCGGCGGCGAGGCGGGGCCGGGCCCAGCGGAGGGCCCGGAGGGGGGUCCGGCCCCGGGGGGAUCGCGCUGGGGCUGGGGCUGGGCCCCGGGUGCGGCAGCCCCGGCCCCGACGAGGCGGGAGGAGGAUACAACAGCGAGGACGAGUACGAGGCCGGCAGGGUGGAGAUGGACCCGGCCACGGCCGAGCAGCAGGAGCACCGGUUCGAGAAGGCUCUGCGGGAGAAGAAAGGCUUCAUCAUCAAGCGCAUGAAGGAGGACGGGGCCUGCCUGUUCCGGGCCGUGGCUGAUCAGGUGUACGGAGACCAGGACAUGCACGAGGUGGUGAGGAAGCACUGCAUGGACUACCUGAUGAAAAACGCCGACUACUUCUCCAACUACGUGACCGAGGAUUUCACCACCUACAUCAACCGCAAGCGCAAGAGCACCUGCCACGGCAACCACAUCGAGAUGCAGGCCAUGGCCGAGAUGUACAACCGGCCCGUCGAGGUCUACCAGUACGGCACCGAGCCCAUCAACACGUUCCACGGGAUCCAGCACAACGAGGACGAGCCCAUCCGGGUCAGCUACCACCGGAACAUCCACUACAACUCCGUGGUCAACCCCAACAAGGCCACCAUCGGCGUGGGGCUGGGGCUGCCCUCCUUCAAACCGGGGCUGGCGGAGCAGUCGCUGAUGAAAAGCGCCAUCAAGACGUCGGAGGAGUCGUGGAUCGAGCAGCAGAUGCUGGAGGACAAGAAACGCGCCACCGACUGGGAGGCCACCAACGAGGCCAUCGAGGAGCAGGUGGCCCGCGAGUCCUACCUGCAGUGGCUGCGCGACCAGGAGAAGCAGGCGCGGCAGCCCCACAAGGCCAGCGCCACGUGCAGCUCGGCCACGGCCGCGGCCCCCCGCGGGCUGGAGGAGUGGAGCGGGCCUCCCAGGCCCCGCAGCGCAGCCCCCUCCCCAGAGCACCGGCUGCACCCCGAGGGCUCGGCCCCAAACCCCUCGCCUGAGCCCCCGGCCGGAAACCCCUCGCCCUGUGCCCCAGGGACCAGCAGCCAGCUGGGGGCAGGGGGGGGCCGGGCCACCCCCCCUCUGGUGUCCCUGUACCCCGCCCUGGAGUGCAGGGCCAUCAUGCAGCAAAUGUCCCCCACAGCCUUCGGCCUGAACGACUGGGAGGACGACGAGAUCCUGGCGUCGGUGCUGGCCGUGUCGCAGCAGGAGUACCUGGAGACCAUGAAAACCUCCCGCCACAGAGACCCCAACGCCGACAAGAGUUGAUAUUGAACCCCCAGGACUGCGCCCCGAGCCCCCCCCCGGCCCCCCCAAGGGACCUCUCGGUGCAUGGCGGGGGGUUUUAUUAUUUUUUUUUUUUUUUUUUGGGGGA